ACGCCACGCAGGGUGCCCAGGAUGACACCGUUCGCAACAGUCGCCAACGCCGAACUGUUUAUGAUUUCAGGGCUUGAGACAGUCAGUUCGGCACUGUCUUUUACCGCUCACCUUUUGGCCAAGCAUCAAGACGUCCAAGACAAACUGAGGGCGGAAGUGAAAUCGCUCCUCGAGAAAGACGGAAAUUUCAGCUACGACAACAUCUUCAGCCUGCAGUACUUGAAGCAAGUCAUUGCGGAAUCGUCAAGAUUCUAUCCCGCACAGCCAGGAAACGUCACAAGAAGAUGCGUGAAGGACUUCGAAUUCAACGGCUUUCGCAUUCCAAAGGACACGCACGUUUUAGUUCCCGUUCGCCUGAUGCACCACGAUCCAAGAUACUGGGUGGAGCCCGAGAAAUUCAACCCUGACAGAUUCAGUCCCGAAAACAAGUCGACGACCGAGCCAAUGGCGUACAUCCCUUUCGGCAUCGGAACUCGCAACUGCCCCGCAUCCCGGCUCGCGGAAUUUGAGCUCUCGCUUGUCAUUGCCAAGACUGUGGCCAAGUUCAAGCUGCAUCUCUGCGACGAACCAGAAAAGAGGACUCUAAACUACGUUUCACCGGUGAUUAUCGCUUACUGCGAGGAGGGAGUUUGGGUCAGGUUGGAAAGAAUAUGAAGCCAUCGGCGUCGGGAUUUAGCUGAAGGGAAGAAUUCGCAACUCCCAAAAAGAGCCAAGCAAAUAGCCGUCGAAUGUGCGGGUGUCUGGACUCGGCUGCUCGAUGAAGACGUCAACUUCAGUAUACCGAUCUUUUUGUGUCUCUUCAGCAAUCCAACGAAGUUCAGCUGUAUCUUCUAUAUGUUCACUGUUAGAGAACCCGGGCACGUAAUUCUUAUACCGAUCAUGAUGUCAUACACAGUAAUCAAAAUCAUUAUUCAG